AUGAAUGACGAAAAAUUAAAAUAUGUUUCUAAAAGAAAAAUUAAAAAAAUAUUCAAUGAUAUCGAUGUGGAUAAAAAUAAUAAAAUAUCCAAAAGAGAACUUUAUAAAUAUUUGAAAACAAAUAUUUUGGAAUAUUUUAUCACAAAAGAAAAUAAAACAAUAUGUAAAUUAUGUAAAAAAAAGAUUUCUUCAUCUUUCAAUGAAAUAAUCGCUAGGUAUCAUUUUACAAAAGUACACAUCAAUGAAUUGGAAAAUAUAGAAAAGGAAAUUGAAACCAAUAAAAGGGAUGGUUCAAAUGAUAUUUUAUCAAAUAUUGAAAAUAAUAUUUAUUUUACAUAUAUAUGUUACAAUGAAGAUAUAUCUUCAUUAUCAGAACACGAAGAUGAAGAAUCUAUUAAAAAAAAUCGUACGAACGAAAAAAAUAUUGAUGAAAUUUCUGUUUAUAAUAAAACUGAAACAAAAUCAGAAGAUGAAAAAAAUAAACAUCUUAUUGAGGAUAGAUUUUCAUUUUGGGACAUGAGAAAACAUUCAGUAGAAAGAUCUAAAUGGAAAUUUGAUAAAUUAAUUAAUAAAUCUGAAAGUAAAACCGGUUCUGGUAAAAUGAGAUUUGCAUAUGGAUACGAUUCAAGUUCUUGA